AGUUAAAAGAACAUUACGAUUAUUAAUUUCUUUGUAUUCAAUUGUUUCUAAAUAUUCAGUUAUCGUUGAGUAUUUAUCGUUGAGUAUUUAUCAAUAUAAUACAUGUAUUUUUAUUGCAUUGAUAAAAAUUUAAAGUGAUAUUAAUCAAUACUAAGAAAAAUAAUGAAGUUAUUUAGUCUAUUAUUACUUUUGCCUUUUUUUUAUAUUGGUCUAUGUAGGGCUAGGGAAAUUACACAUGAAGACAUAAAAGAUGCUAUGUUAAGUUUGGUGCAUAUGAUGAGAGAAAAUACUGAAAAAUUAGAAAGACAUGAAGCACGCGAAAGACAAUUAGGAGAACAAUUAAAAAAAGCUAUCUCCACAUUAACAAAACGGAUAUCUACCAUAGAUGGAGUAAAAUUGGCCAAAUUGGAUGAAAGAUUAGGAGGAAUUGAACAAUUAAUAGCACAGAGAGAUGAACGAGAACGUAUACAAAUGCAGAAAACAGCGGAUGCUUUAGAAGAUUUGGAAGUUAGAUUGGAAGGAUGGUUAACGGAUUUAGAAACUAAAGUAACUAAAACUCAGGAGGAUUCUAAUGCAUCAUUAAAUAAUAAGGAAAUAAAUCCUGAGAUUUUAUCUAAGUUAAAUAAUACUGAAUCGUUGAUCAUGGGACACAUUACAGAUCUUGAAUAUACUAUAAAAGCAACAUCAAUGGAGUUACAAGAUACUAUGACUAAUCAAUCUGAGAAAGUACAGUCAAUGGCUGCGAAGUUGGAAGAUGUUAAUGACAAUUUGAAAAAUGUUAAAAAUUCGAUAGAAUUAGUCAAAGAAUCAUCCAAAUCUUCAGAAAAACAUGUAAGCGAGCAAUCAAUUAUUCCUUUACUAAUACAAGAUCAAAAUAAAGCAUUAAAACAUAUUGAAAAGUUAGUUAAGAAUUCUAUAGAAGAUAUUCAUGAACUACCGCAAGUUAAUGAAGUUCGAACAUUGCACAACGAAACGGAAUCGCUUUUACAAGAAACUAAACAUUUGAUUAAAGAUAUUAUUAUUAAAGAAAGUAAUGAUAUAAAAGAUAAAAUAUUGAAGAGUAAAGAAGAAUCAAAAGAUACAGUUGAAUCGUUGAGAAUGGCUAUGGCGGAAAAUUCUAAUCAUGUAAGCAAGGAAUUACAUGAUCUUAGUCAGGGUCAAUUACUAAUGGUUUCUAUGGCUGAUCAUGUGUUAGAUACGAAAAAAAGAGUAGAAUAUGGCGUACAUCAAAUUCUUUUAGAAGUAGGAGACUUGGUGAAGGCACAGAGUAAUAAUAUUAACAAUACAAUUAAUACAAGAUUCGAUGGUAUCUCUAAUGAUAUUAUGGACAAUCAAAAUGGAGCUUUAGCUAAUUUAACUACUAAGAUGGAACAAGAAAUGAAUCAGGUUUGGAGACAAAUAAACGUAAUGUAUCAGCAAAUGACAGAAAGUGCAAGAGCUUUAGAUAAAUUACACAAACAGAAUGAAGUUUAUAUUAAUGGUACAACUUCUACCAUGGAUGGAAUGGAAAAUAAAGUAAGUGAAAUAACGAAACGUAUGACAGAAGUAGAUAAAAACUUAAAUUAUCUAUUGGGUCGUCUUUUAUUGGUAACGCAAGAAUUUACUCAAAUUAAAAGUGGAUUAGGUACGGCAUUAGAUAAAAUUAAAGCAUCUUUCAAAGAGGUGCAAGAAAAAGCCCGUGAUUUAAGUAAUCCAGGACCAUAUCCAUUACCUGAAAGUUAUAGUGAAAUAAAUUAAGAAAGAACUGAUUAAUUAUCUCUAUGCAUGUAAAAAUGAAAGAUAUAUAUUGCAAAUAAGGUAGGAACCAAAGGAGUUAGAAAUUUGAAUAUUUUAUAACCUAUGUUUAAUAUUUGACGAUUUACAUAAUACACUGAAAGAUAUUUUGCGUGAAAGUUUUUAUAACUAUUUUUAUUUUUAAUUUUAUAAUUUUUUAUAUAUAUCAUUUUUUAUUG